AUCUUGAGUCAGAUGACUGUGCAUCCAUAUACAUCUUUAAUGUAGACCAACCAUCAUCCUCUGUAAAUCAGCCAAUUUGUAUUCCUCGCCAUGGAUUGCAGUCCCACUCCUCUCCUCUGUCACCACCUACGAGACUUCAGAGUCAUAAGAACUAUGAAGGGAGUUGUGAGGUACCAGAAUCCAAAUACAGUCCACUAAGUGGGCCCAAACCCUUUGAGUGCCCUAGUAUUCAGAUAACAUCUAUUUCACCUAACUGUCAUCAGGGAAUUGAAGCCAAUGAAGAUGAAUUGCACAAAAAUGGCACAGAAAAUGAGUAUAUGGAAAGGCCUUCACGAGACCAUCUCUAUCUUCCUCUUGAGCCCUCAUAUAGGGAAUCAUCCCUUAGUCCAAGCCCUGCCAGCAGCAUUUCGUCCAGAAGUUGGUUUUCAGAUGCUUCCUCUUGUGAAUCAAUUUCCCAUGUUUAUGAUGAUGUAGACUCAGAGCUAAAUGAAGCAGCUGCUCGAUUUACCCUUGGCUCUCCUUUGGCAUCUCCUGGUGGUUCUCCAAGAGGUCCCAGUGAUGAGUCUUGGCAGCAGACUUAUGGAUUUGGGCAUGCCUUGUCACCUAGACAGUCUCCCUGUCAUUCUCCUAGAACUAGUGUUACAGAUGAAAAUUGGCUAAGCCCUAGGCCAACGUCAAGGCCCUCAUCAAGACCUACAUCCCCCUGUGGGAAACGACGACACUCCAGUGCUGAGAUUUGCUACGCUGGUUCUCUCUCUCCUCACCAUUCUCCAACUCCAUCACCUGGCCACUCUCCUAGAGGAAGCAUAACAGAAGACACGUGGCUAAACACUUCCAUCCAUAAUGUACAAGGCCUUAAUUCUGGCCUUUCACCAUUUCAGUGUUGUACGGAGACUGAUAUUCCUCUGAAAACAAGAAAGACCUCAGAGGAUCAGACUGCCACUUUAUCUGGAAAAAUAGAUAUCUGUUCUGAAGAACAGGGUAACUUAUCGUCAUCCCUUGAAACUACAGUAGAUGACUGCUCUGGAUCUCAGCACACCUUGAAGAAAGAUUUGCCUGGAGACCAAUUUCUUUCUGUUCCUUCGCACUUUACUUGGAACAAACCAAAGCCUGGUCAUACUCCUAUAUUUCGCACAUCUUCAUUGCCACCUCUUGACUGGCCUUUACCAAGUCAUUAUGGGCAGUGUGAACUGAAAAUAGAAGUCCAGCCUAAAACUCAUCACAGAGCUCACUAUGAAACAGAAGGAAGCAGAGGAGCAGUAAAAGCAUCUACAGGAGGACACCCUGUAGUGAAG